UGUCACUUCCGUCAAAAAUACAACAAAUGGGUUAAAUGUUAGCAUGCCGUGAUGUGAGAGCUAAUUCAAACUUAUCAAACGAUAUAUGUGUGUUUAGCUAAGCAAAACUGCGAUUCGACUGGUUUCAGUACAACACCAGAUCCAUGGUCUCAUGGAGCCAUCCACAAAGCCUGGGACCAAUCAGGUGGCUGAUGUGGUGUUUGUUAUAGAAGGGACGGCGAACCUCGGACCUUACUUUGAAUCUCUACGGAAAAAUUAUAUACUUCCAGCUAUUGAAUAUUUCAAUGGAGGGCCCCCAGCAGAAACAGAUUUUGGUGGAGAUUAUGGAGGGACACAGUACGGUCUUGUGGUGUUCAACACAGUAGACUGCGCUCCAGAGUCAUAUGUGCAGUGUCACGCACCAACCAGCUCUGCCUUUGAGUUUGUCUCAUGGAUCGACAGCAUCCAGUUCAUGGGAGGUGGAGCAGAAAGCUGCAGUCUGAUAGCAGAGGGACUCUCUGUGGCCUUGCAGCUGUUUGAUGACUUUAAGAAGAUGAGGGAGCAAAUAGGUCAAACCCACAAGGUGUGUGUUCUGCUGUGUAACUCUCCUCCAUACCUGCUUCCUGCUGUGGAGAGUGUCAGCUACACCGGCUGCACGGCAGAUAACUUGGUCAAAAUCAUCAGAGAUAGAGGAAUCCACUUCUCUGUUGUGGCUCCACGGAAACUGCCUGCUCUCCGGUCUCUGUUUGAGCGGGCUUCUCCAGUAGGAGGCGCUGGUGACCCCCAUCCAGACUACAGUCAGGACCCCUUCCACAUGGUCUUAGUCAGAGGCAUCUCCCUUCCUGUUUCCUCAGGUGGAGGCCCUGGGCCGCUCAAACCUGUCCUCCCUCCUCAGCCAUUGGCUCCCAGUCAGCCUCUUGGAGGGGCUUCUCAGCCGCCUCCACCCAUUAACCCGACCCACCCUUAUCAGAAUCCGACCCCCAUGACUGCUGCUCAGGUGGCGGCACAGAUGGCCGUGGAGGCAGCCAACAAUCAGAAAAGUCGCUUCCCAGGGAUGGUCAAUCAAGGUCCUCCGUUCGCCCAACAGCCAACCCUCCCAUCAGUGGCUGGGGUGAAGCUCAAUGUGCCCAGCAUUGCAACCGUCACUACAUCAACACAGCCCAUGAUGCCACAGCAACAAGUUCCUCCCAAUCAGCAGCAGCCUGUCCCCCCCCCAGGACUGCCCCAGCAGCCACAGGCCCCGCCCCAGCAGCAGCCCCCCGUCAACCUUCCCAUCGUGCCUUCUGCACAGCCCAACAUGCCUGGUGUUUCUGUACCUCAAGGCAAUGCAAACCCAAGCGGACAGCAGCAAAGUGUGGCCAAUAAGAUUGUAGCAUGGACCGGUGUUCUGGAGUGGCAAGAGAAGCCUAAAGCCGCUUCGAUGGAUUCAACCACCAAACUGACGCGUUCUCUGCCAUGUCAGGUGCACGUUAACCAAGGGGAAAAUCUAAACACAGAGCAGUGGCCACAGAAACUCAUCAUGCAGCUGAUUCCACAACAACUCCUGACAACCUUAGGUCACCUGUUCAGAAACUCUCGAAUGGUUCAGUUUCUCUUCACCAACAAAGACAUGGAGUCGUUGAAAGGCCUGUACCGCAUUAUGGCCAACGGCUUUGCGGGAUGCGUUCACUUCCCUCACACCACUUCUCCCUGUGAAGUGAGGGUGCUGAUGCUGCUCUACUCGUCCAAAAAGAGAAUAUUCAUGGGACUCAUUCCCAACGAUCAGAGCGGCUUCGUCAAUGGCAUCCGGCAAGUCAUCACCAAUCACAAGCAGGUCCAGCAGCACAGAGCGCAGUUGGGCGGUGCAGGUCCGAUGCAGCCUGGUCAGGUCGCCCCCAACCAGAACUUCCUCAACAGACCUCCUGGCCCAAUUCCAGUCUCCCACGGCAACGUUCAGCAGCAGUCUGUGGUGGUGGGCAUGCCCCCUGUUAGUCAGGUCUCUAUGAUGGAGGAGCAGCAGAGGCAAAACAACAUGAUGGCCAUGAGAGCAACCGGACCAACCAACCAACAGCCGUCAGUCGGAGGUGCUCCACCCAACCAGGUGGCACAAGGCGGACAGGCCCAAGCCCAGGGUCCCAUCCUCCGCCUCUCAAACCCAGGAGCCAACCCGCAGCUCCGCAGCCUCCUCCUCAGCCAACAGCAGCCACAGGGUGGGGUGUCUCACAUGCAAGGCAUGAUGUCUCACCAGGGCUUAGGGCAGCAGUUGGUCCAUCCGACACCAGGAGGGGGGGCUCAAAUGCAGAGCCAGUGGAGGCAGCCCUUGCCAGGUCAGAUGCUGAUGUCUGGAGGUCAGAGAGGCGCGGCCCCCCCAGCCCCCAGUGCAAUGGACGAUGAAAUCCUCAUGGACCUUAUCUGAUUGAGCAUUGUGGAGUCAGGAACUGACAUUUUUGUUGAAACUCUGCAUCCAAUUUUCCAAUUUGGACACAUGCAUCCGCUCUGUUAUUUGUAUUGCUACAAAUGUUCAACAAAGUUAAGGGACACAUCAUGAAUAGUUUUAAGUUUUUUUCUUUUACAGGACUGAAAAGCUGAAGUUAAUUAGGGGCAGAUAAUGAACGUUUUUCAUGGAAAUGGUCAAACCAACAGCAUGCUAAUCCUCCAUGCUUCUCACUUAAAGACGCCAAACCAUCUGAAACAGUAAAUGAUGUGAUGCUUCUGGAAACUCUGCUUUUCUAUACGUGUUUUUUUUAGAAUAUUAUCAUUACAAUAUGAAAUAGUGUUAUUUUUUUUUCUUUGAGAUUUUACUUUUUUUCUUAUUUUUGAUAAAGUUGUCUCAUGAGAAUAAAAUGAUGAAGUAUA